GUUUGGUUUCAAAUCUUCUUUUAUCUUUGGAAUCAUCGAAAUUGCUUCUGCUUUUGUUUCUGCAUGUAUGGAGAAGCCAACAGGAAAUUCCGAGGAUGAACCCAAAUCUCGGUCUCUUGAUUUGGUCACAACAAGCGGAGACGAUAAUGUAGAGCAGCCAGCGCCUCUAGAUAUUUGUCUCCCGGAAGGAAUUGCCGCCGCUUCCUCAGCCGGUAACAGGCUUCUGCCCAGAAGAUCCGCUAGGCUCUUUCACCUCUCACCGGGUCGGAAUUUGUUUUCGGGGAAAUCCGAGAUAGAAAUGGCGCUCCAGAGCUUCCAUAGAAGGUCGCCGCGAAUUUCAGCGUUGUUCGUGCGGGAGACCGCGAACGUGGGGACCAAUGUGAGAAACAAAACAAAAAUUAAGGAAAAUACAACUGUGGAUUUUAAGAGUAAUGGAAGGUCACCCAGAUUUCUUCCCAUUUCAGCUGCGUCUGAAAAUGAAAAAGCUCUCUCUCCCGCGAAGAGUCAAAGUCCCAAAAGUCGAAGCUUCAAGUUAAAUGGAAAGGAAGAGGCUAAAAUUGUGAAUGUUGAAAGAAUCAAGGGAAUGAGUUUGAGAAGAUCUCCAAGAUUGACUUCAGCCCCACCUGAAACCAAGGGACACUCUUCAAAAACUAUCUUUAAAUCCUCUGAAAAUGGUUAUUACUCUGAAGCAAGAUCUUCUCGAGCUGUUCUUUCAAAGCAAAAUGACUCAAACUUUUCUGCUAAAAAGCAAACGAGAAAGUCAUCUAGAUUUAUCGCGGAGACUGAAUAUCGCGGUGAUAAUAAGUCUUUGAGAAAAUUUCAAGAUCUUAACCCAAGACUUCCCAUUGAAACACAAUUACGAAGAACUCUGAAAAUUAGUCAGGCUACUAAAAAUGGUUGCCGUGAUGACUCUAUUAGAAGAUUGGAUAUGGAUGAAAUGGGCUUUUCUGGUGAGAAACUCUUGGAAGUUUCUCUUGGUUUCGUGUGGGUUGCAAAAAAUGAUGGGAAUGAUGUAUCUUUUGGAGAACAUAGAAAGGAAAUGUCUAAUGAAAAGCAGAUGAAGGCGCCCUCCUCAUGUUCUAAAUUAUUGGCUGGAGGUGAUAGUGCUGAAGUGAACUCGUCUUCCAAUAGAUUAUCCAAUUCAUACGAUGAACAGCCUUCCAAGAAAUUUAAGAUCUCAUCAGCAGAAUCAGACGUGGGAACCUUAGAUGAAAAAUUAUCAGAGAACAACGUCUUGUUUCUUUCAGGAAAGAAGAAGAGUAAACCUAAGCCUGAUCCCAUAUUUAUAGGCAAUCCAAUCCCUGAUGAUGAAGCUCAAGAAAGGUGGCGGUGGCGUUAUGAAAUGAAGAAUAAAAAAUCCAAUAGCAAAAGCAUUUCAUUGGGUGAUGAGGAUGGUGAAGACAGGAUAAUUUGGAACGUAGAAUGCCAUUACACUCAAGCUGAAAUUGAUGGAUGUACCAUAAAUCUUGGGGAUUGUGUUUAUAUUAAGGGUGAAGAAGCAAAACACCACAUUGGCAGGAUAUUAGAAUUUUUUAAAACAACAGAUGGAGAAAAUUAUUUUAGAGUUCAGUGGUUUUAUAGAGCUGAAGAUACAGUUAUGAAACAAGAGACUGCUUUUCAUGACGAAAGACGUCUAUUUUAUUCGACUGUAAUGAAUGAUAAUCCCAUAGAUUGCAUUAUUUCAAAAGUUAGUGUUACACAAAUAUCACCUAAGUUAGGUUUAAAAUCUAAUUAUCUUCCCCAAUCUGAUUUCUAUUUUGACAUGGAAUAUUGUGUGGAUUAUUCAACAUUCCGCACCUUGCCAACUGAUAAUACUUUCAAGAGCUUCAGUUCCUCAAGCUGUGACACGGAGGUUUUCCCCACAACUCCUGCCUUUUCAGCAAAUAUUCCUAGUUUUGGAACUUACAAGGCAGAACUCACAUUACUAGAUCUUUACUCUGGCUGUGGUGGAAUGUCAACUGGUUUAUGCCUCGGUGCAAAAUCAUCUUUCGUUGAUCUAGUGACGAAAUGGUCAAUUGACAGUGAUAAUUCGGCGUGCAAAAGCUUGAAAUUAAAUCAUCCAAGGACACAUGCCAGGAAUGAAGCUGCCGAUGAUUUUCUUCAACUAUUGAAGGAAUGGGAAAAGCUUUGCAAACGAUAUGUAGUUCACAAUGUAGAAAAAACAUAUCCUUCAAGAUCCAGAACCUCUGAAGCAGUUGCAGAUAAUGACAGACCUGAAAAAGUUGCCGAUUCUUCUGAUGAACUCGAAGUUUCUGGUCUUGUUGAUAUUUGUUAUGGUGAUCCCUGCAACACAGGCAAACGUGGUCUAAAGUUUAAGGUCCGCUGGAAGGGUUAUGGUGAAAGAGAUGAUACCUGGGAACCAAUUGAAGGCUUAAGCAAUUGUCAAGAAUGUAUUCAGGAAUUUGUGAUAAAAGGAUCCAGGUCCAAAAUCUUACCCCGUCGUGGGGAUGUUGAUGUUAUUUGUGGUGGUCCUCCAUGCCAAGGGAUAAGCGGCUAUAAUCGCUAUAGAAAUGUUGAUUCUCCACUGGAUGAUGAAAGAAAUCGUCAAAUAGUGGUCUUCAUGGACAUUGUGGAAUACCUAAAACCUAAGUUCGUUUUAAUGGAAAACGUGGUUGAUAUUCUGAAAUUUGACAAGGCUUCUCUUGGAAGAUAUGCUUUAAGUCGGUUGGUACAUAUGAAAUAUCAAGCACGGCUUGGAAUAAUUGCAGCUGGUUGUUAUGGUCUUCCUCAAUUUCGGUUGCGUGCUUUUUUGUGGGGUGCACAUCCUAGUGAGAUGCUUCCACCGUUUCCACUACCUACUCAUGAUGUUAUUGUCAGAUAUUGGCCUCCUGCUGAGUUUGAGCGCAAUACAGUUGCUUAUUCUGAAGGCCAACCCCGUCAACUAGAAGAUGCUCUUCUUCUCCGUGAUGCUAUUUCUGAUCUCCCACCUGUUGCAAAUGAUGAAGCUCGCGAAGAAAUGAAAUAUGAAAAGCCUCCUGAAACUGACUUUCAAAGAUAUAUACGAUCAAGUAAAUAUGCGAUGACUGGUUCUGCAUUGGAUAUUGCCACAAGAAUAAAGGACUGUCUGUAUGACCAUCGGCCUACUAAGUUAUUUGAGGAUGAUUAUACUAGAGUUUGUCUGAUUCCAAAGAGAAAGGGGGCAAAUUUUCGAGACCUCCCAGGUUUAAUUGUUGGAGCAGACAAUGUGGUUCAGAGGGAUCCAACACAGGAAAAGCAGCUUUUACCAUCCGGAAAACCAUUGGUACCGGAAUACGCCUUUACCUAUGAGCAAGGAAAAUCUAAAAGACCAUUUGCAAGAUUAUGGUGGGACGAGACUGUGACAACACUUGUAACUUAUCCUCACUGUCACAGCCAGGCAAUAUUACAUCCGGAGCAAGACCGGGUUCUCACAAUCCGGGAAUAUGCAAGAUUACAAGGUUUUCCUGAUUAUUAUAAAUUCUGCGGGACAAUUAAAGAGAGGUACUGUCAAAUUGGGAAUGCAGUUGCCGUUCCGGUUGCUCGAGCAUUGGGAUAUACAAUGGGGAUGGCGUUUCAGAAACUGAGCGGAAAUGAACCGUUGAUGAUCCUCCCUCCUAAGUUUUCCCUUUCCACAAAUAUGCAGUUAGCAAGAUCACUGUCCCAGAAUAGCGAUGACUGCGUCGAGUUGAACUAAAUUAAAUUCUUAAAAUUUAUGUGCAUGUAUCUCUGACAUAAAAUUAUUGUCAAAUUGGGAAACUCCCUGGCAGUAGUUAUUUGUAUU